CUGUCUAGAGUUAUCCCCCGUAGAGACCGCAAGCCGAGAUAGUCACUUUAGUUGACUAGCGAGCGGUGUUACUAGAAACAACAUGGCGUCCGAAGUCGAAAAAGCACAGUUUGCUAAACCAGGUGGUGACACGAUCUUUGGUAAAAUUAUCAGAAAAGAGAUACCUGCAAAUUUCAUUUACGAAGAUGACCAGUGUGUAGCAUUUCAUGAUGUAGCGCCACAGGCCCCAGUUCAUUUCCUGGUGGUUCCAAGGAAACCGAUUAUCCGUUUAGCGUCUGUUGAAGAACCAGAUGAGGGAGUGCUUGGGCACAUGCUGGUUGUUGUGAAGAAGGUGGCCAAGAUGCUUGGGCUGAUUAAUGGCUAUCGUGUGGUUAUCAACGAUGGUCCUGAUGGAGGGCAGUCUGUGUACCAUAUUCACAUGCAUGUCCUGGGCCAACGCCAACUAGGUUGGCCACCUGGCUAAGUUGUGCUGCAGCUCAAUGCAUCAGCCUGUACUCUCAGAACAUUUCAAGAAUUUCACUACUAAUUUUAUCCAUUGAUGGUUCUGUUAUCAGCCUUUUAAAAGAAUUAAAUUAAUUCAAUAGUUGAUUAGCUUUGAUGGUCCUUUUUUAAGGAUUUUUUCCUUUCGUCCAUCUUAUUUUCAAGUGCAUUUCUCCUUUAUAGUUACAACUUUCAGUCUCAUGUUGAAUUCUUAGCUUAUUAAUUUUUGUUAAUUAUCUUCAUAGAUUCUCUAUUUUCUUCACAUUACUACCUGCAUGAUGAAAAAGGAUAACUGCAUUUAAACUUUUUAAAAUUUUGAUGGAAAUCUGGCUUUCUUAACUGCCAAAAUUUUUUAAAAGCAUUAAGGGUACAGCUUAACUAGAAAACAUUUCUUUAUAGCAUAAUAGUUUGUGAUAAGAUUCUUGCAUUUACUAUUUUGUGACUAGUAUAUGCUCAGUCCUAAGUAGACUGGACAAGCUUUAUGUAACCAUAUUUUGGCCAACAUCAUGAUUGUACCUGCAGUUAACUGCUGUUUAGUUGGAUGGUUGCAAGAGAUCACCCUAGUAGUUGGAUUAUGUUAUCAAUCUUCUAACAUCAGUGCAUGACCAAACCUGACAUUCAACAUAGUGCACGUCUCAUUAAAUACCAGAUCAUUUGACCAGAGGUCACCCCUAAAAAGAUUAUCUUGAAAACAAAGAAACACAGUCUUUAAUAGAAGUUUCAGUAUUUGCAUUUUCAUCAUAUGUUGGACUGUUUCACAUACAAACCAGAACUUAUGUUUACACAGACUUUUGUACACAUUUUUAGUAAUAACUGUUAAAACAUAACUUAAGUAUUCACCACAAUUAUUAUGUUAAACAUAAAAACUGUUUGCUGUAAAAUUUCGUCUGAACGAUUUUUGGUAAUAAAUGUUGGAUUUGACUCA